AUGCAGCUGGCGGAAAAGGGAGGGAGGGCUUCGGGAACCCUCGCCUCCCUUUGGAUAGAUCGCGAGGGGAAACAACCCAGCCCCAUCUCGCCCAUUCGUAGAUGUAAACUGGCCGACGUCACGGGCUGGAACGUGUCAGCUAGGGUCGAUAAUAAGACGAAUCCGCCAGAAGUCCAUGUUAAGAAAGCUGCGAAGAUGAUGUUCAAGGUCAUCAUCGCUGAUGUCGAUGGAUUUUCGACAGCCUUGAAGCCCGCCGGAGUCCCGAGCCGUUCGGCGGGGUUCUACUGUCGAGUAAACUUCGGGCCGGCUCCGGCAACCGGCAUGAACUCUCCCUCAUUAUUAACAAUAACGGAGAUUUCAAAUCUCACUUUUCUCGACCGUCGCCGAGGAGCGCGCAAGAUACCUAGAUGUUUGUGUUCCCCAACGCACGGAACCUCGGCGCCUACUUACAUGCAGGCUUUCGGAACUAGCAGAGUCCAACGAAAUGGUAUUUCAGGCAGGCUGGACGAAAUCUCGCAUAAGUCGGCGCUGACCAACCGGAGACUGAAGUCUACUGUCCCCAAGAAUCGAGUGAGACCACCUGCUUGCACCCGACCCGAUCCACCAGCAGCCUGCUUCAAGGGUGACCAAAAUUCUCAGAUAUCGCGCCUCGAAAGACUCGAGAUCAGCACUCUCGUGCCGAAACCCCUGCACCGAGCCUUGCUGCUGAUACCCCAGACGCUGCGCCAGUUGCCACUAGGAACAGCCACUCUAUUCAGCUUCUGCAUAGCGACCAUGUCUUAUCACAACCGGACGCCUGUCUUGCUGGCCACUUUCUUGCAAGUUUGCAGAUAG